AUGGCAGCUGUAACUUCAGAUGCACCCAUUGUUAGACGAUCAGCAAACUAUCCCCCUUCCGAAUGGUCAUACGAUUUUCUACAGUCACUGGCUGGAAACUAUGUGGCUCAAAAUACCAAAAGAACAUCAGACACCCUAAAAGAAAAAGUGAGGUCAAUGAUUUCUGUAGACACCGCAGUGAAGAAGCCCUUGAGUGCACUUGAAUUAAUCGAUGAUUUGCAAAGGCUUGGAGUAUCUUAUCAUUUCAAGGAUGAAAUAAGCAGGGUGUUGAACACGAUAUACACUUGCCACUAUGAAGCCCAUGAAAAGUGGGAAAAAAUGGAUCUUAACCUUAGAGCUCUUGGCUUUAGACUCUUGAGACAACAUGGCUAUCAUAUACCUCAAGAGAUAUUCAAGGACAUCAUGGAUGAGGCUGGAAAUAUCAAGUCACAUAUACGUGAGGACACUGUGGCAAUGCUUAACUUGUAUGAAGCUUCAUUUUAUGCUAUAGAUGAUGAAGAUAUGUUAGACGAAGCAAGGAAGUUCACAACCAAAUGUCUCGAAGAGGCAGUAGAGAUGUACGGCGACGUUGCUAAUCAAAGUCCGUUGUUGUUGUUGGUCAGUCAUGCCUUGGAGCUUCCAUUGCUUUGGAGGGUCCCAAGGUUUGAGUCAAUCUGGUUUAUAGAAGCAUAUAAGGGGAGAAAUGACAAGAUACCAUUUUUGUCUGUACUUUCUGAACUGGAUUACAACAUUGUGCAAGGAAUUCACCAAGAAGAUCUCAAGUCCUUAUCAAGGUGGUGGGUUGGUCUACAAUGGGACAGGAAGCUCACCUUUGCUCGAGACCGGAUGGUGGAGAGUUUUAUGUGGGCAGUUGGUGGAAACCACGAACCAUCAUUUGAUCUUCUAAGGAGUCACGUCACAAAGAGUAUUUCCAUGGUAAACGUCAUAGACGAUAUUUAUGAUGUGUAUGGUACACUAGAGGAACUCGAGCAGUUCACUCAAGUUGUGAGAAGUUGGGACAUAAAUGCAGCUGAAGGACUUCCUGAUUACAUGAAGACAUGUUUUCUAGGAUUCUACAACACCAUCAAUGAGAUGGCAUACAACACCUUGACAAACAAAGACUCUUUUGUUAUACCUUCUGUGAAACAAGCGUGGACAGAAUACUGUGAGGCAAACCUCAGAGAGGCACAAUGGUAUAACAGUGGAUACACCCCAACACUUGAAGAGUACUUGAACAACUCGCGAAUUACUGUUGCGGUUCCCGUAAUAGUCUUAGGUGCUUAUUUCUUGGAUUCAAAUAAAAUUGUUGGAGAGGCCUUGCAGAAUGUAAUAUGCUGGUCGGCUAUUGUUCUACGCCUUGCUGAUGACCUGGGUACCUCAUCGGCGGAGCGUGAAAGAGGUGAUGUUCCAAAAGCAGUCGAGUGUUACAUGCAUGAAACUGGUGUUUCGGAAAAAGAAGCCAGGACACAUAUAAAGAAGUUGAUCAUAGAGGCUUAUAAGAAGAUAAACAGAGAAAGAAUGGCUUGCAAAUCUCCAUCUAUGCAGGUAUUUAUGGAAUGUGCAUCAAAUCUUGGUCGAAUGGGGCAAUUUACAUACGAGCGUGGGGAUAUAUUUGGCACGCCAGAUGAUUUAUAUAAACGUCACCAAGUUUCAUUACUUUUUGAACCUAAACCUUAG